AGCUUUCCUGACCAGCUCACCACCGUCAGGCAUGCAGCUGUGUGAUUAGCAGUUGCUGAUCAACUCCAGUUUUUCAAGGUUAAUGAAGAAAGGUAAAGUAGAAAAAAAAAUUGUAUGCUAAUUUAAAGGAUCAGUUGCUUUGUUAAAUUUGCCAUGAGGAGGGGACAGAGGGGAAACAAACUUUUUACAGCAAGGCUUCAAGGCACGGUGACAUUUCCAAGGCACAGUGACAGCCUCACAGGAUGAAGAAUGAAUCAAAGGCAGCUCUUGGACUGGUACCAGAAUCGUGGAGAACUACGCUCUUAAGGUGGCAUCGUGAGGACAGCGGAGAAGACAAUGGGCAACUGGAGUGCUAUGCAGGAGACGAGGAGGGCAGGCAGCACAGGCUGACCCCAUUUGAGAAAGUAAUGCAGGACAUGUCCCAGAAUGAAAAAGUGGUGAAAGAAUUAACCCUGGGAAAGAGAAUUGGCUUCUAUCGAGUCAGAGGAGAAAUAGGAAGUGGGAAUUUCUCUCAAGUGAAGCUUGGAAUUCAUUCCCUAACCAAAGAGAAAGUUGCAAUUAAGAUUUUGGACAAGACAAAGCUAGACCGGAAGACUCAACGUUUGCUUUCUCGUGAGAUAUCCAGCAUGGAAAAACUGCACCACCCAAAUAUCAUCAGACUAUAUGAAGUAGUAGAGACGCUCUCAAAACUGCACCUGGUGAUGGAGUAUGCAGGAGGUGGGGAGCUCUUCACUAAAAUCAGUACAGAAGGGAAGCUGUUAGAAACGGAGUGUAAAAUAAUCUUCUCCCAGAUUGUGUCUGCUGUGAAGCACAUGCAUGAGAAUAACAUCAUUCACAGAGACCUGAAAGCAGAAAAUGUCUUCUACACCAGUAACACCUGUGUUAAGGUGGGAGACUUUGGAUUCAGCACAAUAAGUAAAAGAGAUGAAACUUUAAAUACUUUCUGCGGCUCUCCUCCUUACGCUGCCCCCGAACUCUUCCGAGAUGAAAACUAUGUUGGCAUUUAUGUAGACAUAUGGGCACUGGGAAUCCUGUUAUACUUCAUGACAACAGGUAUCAUGCCCUUUCGGGCAGACACAGUGGCCAAACUGAAAAAGUGCAUUCUUGAAGGGACAUACAGUUUGCCUCCCUGCCUCUCAGAAACUUGCCAGAAACUGAUAAAAGGGGUCCUUCAGCCAGUACCAACUGAACGAUACUCCGUCAAACUUAUCAUGAACAGUGAAUGGAUGCAAGGAAUACAGUACCCCAAACCUUUACAUCCAUUUAAACUGGAUCCAAGGUAUUUAUCAGAGGUCAGUACACUCAGAGAGGAGGAACUUGAAGUGAAAAAAAUCCUAGAAGAUCUGGGAAUCACAGAAGAGCAUAUUCAAAAUAACCAGGGGAGAGAUGCACGCAGCUCAAUAACAGGGAUCUACAGAAUCAUUUUGCACAAGGUACAGAAGAAAAGGGCACUUGAAUGUGUUCCUAUCAUGUCCCAUCCAGAGCCCAAAGAACAGGACUUGAGGAGGGGGAUCUGUUCUUACAGCGGGAUGAAGCACACAUCCAAGCUGUGUUCUCUUCUAUAA